GUGGCAAAUAAACGAGGGGUGGGAUAGAGACAGAGACAGAGAAAGAGAAAGAGCGCUACAGCAUUGUUAAAGCGGUUGUAAAACAGAAAUUAUAUUUAUUUUAAAAAAAAAAAAAAACCUCUAUUUUAAAAAAUAAAAAUAAAUAGUAGUGUUUAAUAAAAGACAGCCACUGGGAAUUGGUUGAAUCGCGGUGUUGUGCUGUGGCUGAAAACAUGGACGGCGUGACUGUGCUGACAAACCCGAGUGUGUCGGUGCGAGUGACCAGCACUGCCGGCGCCUUCGAGUCUCUGCGCAGGUUUAACAGGGGGAUCACCAUCGCGGAGUUUAAGUGCAAGCUGGAGCUGGUGGUUGGGAUCCAGGCAUCUUGCAUGGACCUCCAGCUCUUCAGCUCCACCGACACGUUCCUCCAGAAACUAGACGACAACGAGGCACUGAUGGGGUCCUACCCUGUGGACGACAACUGCAGGAUACAUGUGAUUGAUAAGAGCGGGACCCAAUCAGGGGGAUUUGAAGACCUGUCAGCAGUGGAGAAAUUCGAGCUCCCGGAUGAUGUUUAUGACAAGAGAUCAGAGUCAGUCCGCUCGUUCCUGAAGAAGAAUAAGGUGGGGCGCUUCAACGAGGAGAAGGCUGCCCAGAAAGAGGAGCUGCAGGCGCAGAGGGAUGCGGAGGAGAAGCUGCUGGCAGAGGCUUUGGCCCCAGGGUUACGCUGCGAGGUGCAGGUUAUGGGGCAGCCCACCAGGCGAGGCACGGUCAUGUAUGUCGGGAACACCGAGUUUAAACCUGGUUACUGGGUUGGAGUCAAAUACGACGAGCCUCUGGGAAAGCAUGAUGGCAGUGUAAACGGAAAGCGGUAUUUUGAGUGCCAACCCAAGUACGGUGCCUUUGUGAAGCCGCAGUUUGUCACAGUGGGAGAUUUCCCAGAAGAAGACUAUGGACUUAAUGACGAAAUGUAGUGGGUGGCUUGCGUUGAUUCCAGGAGGAUGAUGCUACCCAGAGCAGAGGAGUUGCUGUCACGAAUCUCUCCAUUGUUCUCAGUCUCACUGUUCUUGCAGAGCUGCUUUACAGAGAAGACAUCAUCUGUCUUGUCAUUUUUGGACAUUGAUACUUUAUGAUCUUUUCUCCAUCAGUUGAAAUAUAUAUAUAUUUUUUGCCUCAGUGUUGGCGAUGGGACAUUAGAAAGACUUAUUUGAAUGGUUUUUUUUUUAGUGAUCUGUUAACUAAUUUAUAUAUUUAGGUAAAAGCUUGAAUGAUAACAUGGAUGCACUUGUAUAGUAUUUGCUGAAAGGAGGUUGGACAUCUGUAAUAAGUGUACUUGGAUGGUGUUCUUAUUUGUCGAUCUGAGCGACCAGAUUUGCUGGGUAGACAGUCUCCAUGUAAGCCAGCUUGUGCAUUUCGUUCCGUUUUAAGGUGACAUUAAUUUUUUUUCCUGUUUGGCUGUUAAACACUUUAGCCUAAAGCCCUUUCAACAAUCUCUUCCCCCCUUAUGUGUAUUUUAGGCAAGUGAUAUAACGUAAUGAAAAGUAGAGGGAUUUAGUAAAAUCUCAGCCUCUUGCAAAAUGAAUCAAUUGAAACUUUCCCAGCUCCAGCUUGCUUCUUGCAGUGCCUAGUUUGUGGAUGGGGUUAUGAAAACUUGACCACGUAUUACAAAACUGGCACUUAAGCAUUGAUUUUUCAACUCAACGCCUGUAUUAUAUAGGCUGCCCAUCAGUUGUAGGGAAAAAGAUGUUGGUCGUUGAUUUUGUUUUAUUUCAACCAAAGGAGGAGUAGAAACUGAAUACAAACUGUACAACAGCACCUCUACAGCAGGAGCUAUUGUAGCCAAACCUAAAAAAAAAACAUAUUAAACAUUUGACCAAAGCAGAUUUAGCUGAUGAGUUUGAAUGGAUUUGCUUAGAUGUGUGUGUUUCUUUCUUUCUUUUGCUGCUCCCAAUGGAUUCUUAUUUCAAGCUUGGUGGCUUUAUCUGGUAUACCUGAAAACCCCAAAAUACUAUUGAUUUACAACUAAACAUAAAAGGCCACUUCAGAUCUUUAACUGGGAGGGAUAUCGGACGUUAAUGUUGAGCAGUAUGUAUCUUUUAAUGUGAAGUUUUUACCUCCAUCAGCUUGUAACAGACGCAAUGCAAAGUAAUUGGGUUCAGGCUUGAGGGUCCCAUGAAUGUAGCCUUGAUGCAUACGUUGUUCACCAAAACUGUUGACAAAGAUUUUGUGUUUUGAGUGUUGAUCCCCACUUCAUGGGUACACGUCCUCACCAGGGGAUAAAUACUGUACUCCAUGAAUGUAGUUCUGCCAUGCUUGCAAACGAUCCCCGGAUAGCACCUGAAGCGGUCGUGGCUGUUAUUGGUUACCCUCCUGUGUAAAGCAAUCCCAUGACUCUGCGAAGGAUAAUAGUGAACACUGAUCACUGGUUGAUGCAAGAAAGGUAAUUCCCAGGUAGUAGCUGCAGUAGUUAUCCCAGCAGGGUAUAAUCAAAUCGCUCCCUGAGAACCGAUAUUGGAUCUGAAAACACUUCAGCGGUAAUGCUUUGUCGUCUCAAACGUACAGCAGAGGGGAGAUAAUACAUUAGAAUAUAAACAUGCAGACUAGAAUAACUUAAAAAUAAUAAGUGACUUUCGUGCCUUUGUAGUUGUGCGUUUGUUAUCUUGCAAUGUAAUCCACAUAACAGUCAAAAUGAAUUCUUGCAAUGCUCACAUGUUGGUAAUCCUGUAAUUCCCCACUGAGUUGAGGUAUGUACACUUGUGGGCUGAAUUGUACAUUUUCACGGAAGUAUAACAGGCAUGCACUGUGAAAAUAAAUGUAGUUGUAAGAGUAAAUAGAAAAUAGGUAUAAUUGUAGAGAUUGUGUUUUUAAGCAUCUAAUUAAAGAAGUCGUGAUUUACAUUACUGCAUAGAAACUAUGUGUUAAAACAUUCAAAAUGCGCCCAGGAGUAAAUGAGGGACACACAUCCGAUAGGAAUUGAACAGAUUUGUUUUUGUUGCUGGAGAAAUUGUGUAAACGGGCUAAAGAGUGGAUCUGAUUACUUGUGAUUUUAUUCAAUCAUUUUACAGCUCUGCGAAAGCCACCCGGAUUACAUCCCCUUUAAUGCAGUCUAAAAGGAAUCCUUACAAUGCUCUUCUAAAACCCAGCUGUGGUCUAGAGGUUGCUCGAAUCAACCCAGUGGAAAAAGCUACAGCAAUGUGCAAACCACAUACUGGAGGAUUUGUAUACAGUGACAUGUCACACCGUUUUGUCGUAGCAGAACCACGAUUAUGACGUUUGGGUGGAAGUGUACCUUUGGAUCAAAUUCUUAAUUUUUUUUUAUUUUGCUUUUUUUUUGUUAUUUAAAUCAUUUAAAAAAAUGUAGUUGAGUCUUAUUCUGAAACUCUCGCUGCUAGUAAUUUUUGUAAUCUGUUUUAUAAUUUUAUAUAUGUGUGGUUUUGCCUGGGUGCACAUCGUUGUCGAGCUAAAAGAGCGCAAACAGUGUAUUUAAAUCCUUAUCCUAGAACACGGUCAGGAUACGCAAUAGCAGUCAUAAAAAUAGACUUGGUUUAAAAACUCGUCGACCGUCUAGUCCUUCUCUUUCGAUUUGUAACACGGAAAAGAUAAUGUGUUGCAUUUGGUUUUUGAAGAUUGCAUUCACUAAAGCUUGCAUAUUCAUGUUCUUGUCAAACAUGUAACACAUACGCAGUUGUAGAAAUAAAAAUGUCAAUUUAGUUGCAAAAGA